AUGUCAUCCUCCGCAAGCGCGCUUGAAUCGGGUCUCCAUGAUCUUUCGGCACCGUUCUACACUCCUCCGUCAUCCCCAAAGCCCGCAUCUCAAUCCUCCAAAUCCACCCCAACUUCCCUCCACCACCCGGACCCGCAGCCCUCAACCGGCCACUUCACAACCAUCUCCGUCCGACCCGCCACCCUCCCUAUCCGCUCCACAUCGCGAACGAUCCUAUUCCCCACAUGCCACUACAAUCGCCCGCCCAAGAUCGCCGCCGGCUUCAGCAUGCUGAACCUCGCCGCCUACCCACCCUCGCCAUCGACCAGCCUCGAGGACUCCCCUCAAACUCCCUCCACCGCUAACGAUGCCUCCCUCCCGCUGCGCGCCAACCUCGUGGGCUCUGAGAUCACCGCCGCGAGCAUGCGCCUGACGGCCGAGACGUGGGGUCGGGGUGCCAUGUACGCUGCAGCGGGGACGUGGAUUGAGCAUAAAGAUGGCGCGAAGCAAUGCUGGUUUGGGCAAUUCGACUCGCGGCAGGUGAAGAAGCGCCGCUGGCGACGGAGGGGUGAGAAGAAUACUGGGAAUCAGGCAUUGGUCUCCCAUGGAGAGGGGAGACAGUUGUUGACGCCGCCACGGACUCCGGUGAGUCCGUCGGUGCGACCUGUCGCCGGACGAGAGCAUACGGAGCGAUGUCCCACUUGUGGGCAGCCGGCCCCGAAAAGGGUGGUGGAGCGCGGGUGGGCCGAUCAGUCGACCGAGAGCCGUCCAACCACGCCUCUGCCGAAUUCACGAGCCGCUCCUACACGCAUGGAGACCAGCACGACAAUGGCGAGCUCGAUCUCGACUUCGUCCACAGCACCGUCGACACUGAGCACGACCUUGAGCGAUCUCACCGUGAGCGAUUCGACCGCUACGGGCAUGAACUCCCUGGACGGCAGUCCACUCAGUCCGCGGGAACCACGGCUGCGCCAGCCGCGAAGGAACGUGUAUGAGAAGUGGGUGAAGCUGCCGUUUCCGCAGCCGGAAGGUCGGCCGCCGGAGAUUAUCUGCUGGCUUAACCGGGUGAACUUCCCGGCGCGUAGGAGGUCGGAACGGAGGCCGCGGCGGUUGUUUGCGAAGGUGGAGGGGGUGGAGUCGUCGCAUUUUCGCGCGGUGCUGGAUGCUUCGGGUCUCGAUGACCGGACUGAUAGAGGAGGUAUGGACCACAAUCCGAGUUUUGAUGAUGAAUCUCCGGUCGGCGCUUCGAUGUGCUGGAUCGGCUACCCUCACGGCAAGAAGUGUGUCGAUUCAGGCGUGAUUGAGGCCACAUUCGGCCUGGAUGAGCAGGAGGAUGACGAGUAUGACCAGCUCGUGCGGGUCGAUUUCAAAGACGGGUGGUUCACGAAGCCGCCCACGGUUUUGGCCGCCCUGAGCGGCUUCGACGCCGAUAGGGAUGGGGAUCUCCGGGUGCGCGUUGAGGUCCAGUGGGUAGAUACCGAAGGAUUUAUCUGUAGGUUAGGGUCAUGGGGUGGAGGUAGGUUGAAGGAGUGUUGGGCGAGUUGGGUGGCUUUGGGAUCUUGA